AUCAUCAUCCGCGUACACACACACACACACACACACUGAGCAGUUCCGCCUUCUCCUCGCCGACUUUUCCGCAUGUCACAUUUCCAGCACACGCUCGCCAGAUUACUGCGCAGCACUAUGAAGGAGGAGGACUCGUGAUUUCACGGUGAGGUAUCUUACAGAUAUCAAAGGAGCACAAUGACAAAAAGGCAGCACACAUGAUAGCAUGAUGUCACCAAAGGCCGAACAUGCCAGGACAUAAGGGCAAAGUGCUCUGUUGCAGAGCCGUGCUUUGAGCUCUACCCUCAGCUGUUCACUCCAUAGAUCUUCCACACCCCCACACAUAAUCUCCAAUACCCCUCCACCUGCCCGACGGCAAGAGGUUAAAAUGGCCACUCAGAGGAAGCACUUAGUCAAGGAGUUCAACCACUUCAUCACCUGUUAUGUGUGUAAAGGCUACCUGAUCAAGCCCACCACCGUGACAGAGUGCCUGCAUACUUUUUGUAAAAGUUGCAUCGUCCAGCAUUUUGAAGACAGCAACGAAUGUCCGAAGUGUGGUAUCCAAGUCCAUGAAACAAACCCACUAGAAAUGUUAAGAUUGGACAAUACAUUGGAAGAAAUCAUAUUCAAGCUUGUGCCUGGACUUCGGGAAAAGGAACAACAACAGGAGAUUGAGUUCUGGAAAAAGAAUAAAUCAAAAGAAAACAACAAUGAUGAUGGUCCUGAGUGUAAGAGGAUGAAGGUGGAUGAGGACAUUGAUGAUGGAGGUGAUGGAGAUUAUCACAGGAAUGACCCACAGAUAGCCAUCUGCCUGGACUGUCUGCGCAACAACGGCCAGAUAGGAGAGAACAUAGUUAAGGGCUUAAUGAAGAAAUUUAUUCGCUGCUCAACUCGUGUCACUGUAGGAACAAUCAAGAAGUUCUUAAGUCUAAAGUUAAAGCUUCCAAGUUCUUAUGAGCUAGACGUCCUAUGCAAUGGAGAGAUUAUGGGAAAAGAUCACACCAUGGAGUUCAUAUACAUGACGAGGUGGAGGCUUCGAGGUGAAAAUGCCUACCCAAUGGUACUGGAAUAUCGUCCUCGUAUCGACUUUGGCUAACCCAUUUGAAGCUCCUGCAGUUUUCUCAUCCCAGCAAAAGACGGAACAGUGAAUGGACACACCGCACAGGAGGGACUUAAUCACACCAUUGUUUUUCAUUCAUUCCAGUUCUUUCUUUUGUAUUUCCUUAUACAUUCUCAGACUUCCUCAUUCAUCAGACUUGUCGUCACAGCUGGGACUGUAGCUGUCUGAAUGCGUGUUUAAUCCUGCCCUGGCUUGGCAUGUGUGUCUCGUUCCAUUUGUUGGUCUACCAAAAGAACUGUUGACAUGAUCGGUCAUGACGUUAUUGACCCACAGAAAUUCACAUGCCAUGAGAUAAUCACUCAACAAGUGUGCUCAUUUGUCAUGACAGCUUUUUUUGUAUUAAUAGUUAAAGUAGUGCCUUUUCUGAACAUCCUCUUUUUGCUGAUCUCAACAAUGUCAGUUUUUAAUCAUAGCCAGUAAGGAAAUACACAAUGGUGUCUUAUCUGUUCCAAGCAUCCUUAGUUAUUAUUCAAAUAAGCUAUUUUUUUUUCUGUCUUGAACUGAACCAUAAAGGAAAGCAGGGUAUACAUACGGUGGCCCGGGACACGUGUUCCAACAACGUCUUUGUACAUACAUAGAAGGAAGCCUUACUAGGAGCAGUGAGGAAAGCACUGAAAUCUUGCACUAGAUUUACUGAUGAAACGCUGCUUUGUUCAAAGUGAAUCCGGAUCCGGGAAAUCCACAUGUAUUAAAAGUGCUUGCAAAUGUAUAAAAUAAAUAUCUAUAUUAUUUUAUCUAUAUAUGUAUGGAAGUAAUACAUCUGUGUGAAUGAUGAAUUCACAUGUAAAUUGAUAUGAAAUUUUUCUAUCAAGAAAAAAAGAUCUGGUUACACUAAAGCACUUAAUUACGGAAAUAAAAAUUCAGUAAUAAGUGAAUUUCUAUUUUUUCCCCCCAUUUCUUUAAAUCUGCACAGUAAAAUAAAAUGGUCACAUGUAAAGCAAAUCCAUCCCUCCAUUCCUAUCAUCCAUUCUUAUCAUUUCUAUUUAAGAAAGUACAAAUACUCCUAGAUGUUACUGGAGCGCUUAAACCCCUCCAAAGAAAUCAAGAAUCAGAUACCCAGAGACAUCACUGGUCACUUUUAUCUUCUGUACCAGUGACCUUUUUUUUUUUUUCAGAAACACACUUUCUGACAUAUCGGAAUGAAGUCUCAAUCACUGGCUCCAGUGGAGAGCUCUGUAUUUACACCCAAUCUAUUUUCAGAGUGUCCCUCAAUAUUAUCAACUUGGACAUGAAAAAAAAAUCAGUCAACUACGGGUGAUGGUGAAUCAGAACUUGCAUGGUUUUUUUGAAAGUAUCUUUAUUACUGUCCUUGUCUUUGAAGGUCACGUUCAUCACGGUCAUUUCUACAGGUUGUCUAGCCAUUCUAGUCUGGUUACCUAUGUCAUGUGACACAAAGUACUAAAUGACUGUCUCCAAAUGGAUAUAAUUAAUAGGUUUGUUAAUUAAUUCCACAAUUUUCUAUCUGACGUGACUGUUCAGAGAUGAUAUAAUAGAUGAUGAUAUACUGAUAUAAUUCAUAUUCUAUUAGGCCUUUCGUAUUAGAGUACCAAAGAGACACACACACACACACACACAAAAAGAUUCAGUAAAACUCCUUUCAGCUAUCAAAUUCACAAAUGCUUAAAAAAAAUUAAAAAACAGUGAAAGGAAAAACAUGGCUUUCAUUUAUCUAUAACAGAAAGUACCUAGCAAACCAGACAUUGCUUUCUUGCAGUCUUGUAUGUCUAGAGUCCAGACUAUACAUGUCUCAGCAAAUUUCUUUUAAAACAUUUUUAUUUUAAAUAGAUCUUUUGGAUUUCAAACUCGAAACUGAAAUGAAGCCUAAGAAACCAUUUUCCAGUGUGUUCUGUAUGGUGUGUAUAUCUAUAGUGAUUGGUUAAAAAACACACACACAAAAAAAAAACACAAGUGACUUUCAAACUCCAAUAGUGGUUUAAAGUGGUACCUGAAUAAAUGUUUAAAUCAAUUAAUGUUUUAAAUGUCCUUGUGCUGCAAUGAACAAUGUAUUUUUGUAACAAGAAGCACUUGUACAAAUUUUUAAAAAAUGGUUGAAUGUUUAGCCGACAUCAAACUCUGCUUAGAAUAAUCGAUUCUAUUUUUCAAUGUGCCUGAUAUCAUUCCUAUAGAGACGUGUACAUACUGUAUACAAGUUACUCUAAAUGUGAAGCUUUGUUAAAUACAUACGUGAUUGAAUGAAGAAUUACCUCUGUGGCGUGAUUUGGAUUCACAAUUGUUUGAAUAAAAAAAUAACGAGUUA